UUUGUUUAUGUGUCAAUGUUGUUUCAUUUUUGUAGAUAUGGAAACAGAGGCCACAAUAUUCCAUGCAUCCAUCAUGGAACAAAUCGCUGUUUCAUCACAACACAGAACCAUGGCUUUGCCAUUGACACAAACUCGCUGCCAUCUGAUUGGUCGAUUCUAUUCACAAAUGCCAAUGACCAGACAAAUGAAGGCAUCAUACACGACAAAAAGCCGUUCUACAGCGUUCAGUUUCACCCAGAACACAUGGCUGGACCUCAGGACUUAGAAAUGUUAUUCGAUAUCUUUUUGUCAACAGUGAGACAACACAAACAAAAUGUAGAACCCCUGAUGUCAGUCAAGGAACAGAUUCAGCAAGCAAUUACGUUCAAGCCGUUAGUGCCUCCAGUUGAAAAGAAACCCAAGAAAGUUAUGAUUUUAGGUUCUGGAGGUUUGUCCAUCGGCCAGGCAGGGGAGUUUGAUUAUUCUGGGUCACAGGCGGUUAAAGCUCUGAAAGAGGAAGGUAUCCAGACAGUGCUGGUGAAUCCCAACAUUGCAACAGUACAGACAUCCAAGGGGCUAGCAGACAAAGUUUAUUUUCUUCCCAUCACAGCUGACUAUGUCACUCAGGUCAUUCAAAGUGAACAUCCUGAUGGAAUAUUGUUGUCAUUUGGGGGUCAAACAGCCCUGAACUGUGGCAUUGAGCUACAAGCAAGUGGUAUCCUUGAGAAGUAUGGUGUCCAUACUCUGGGAACGCCAGUCAGCUCCAUAGUUUGCACUGAGGAUAGGAAGUUAUUUGCUGAGAAACUUGCUGAGAUUGGGGAGCGUGUUGCACCCAGUGAAGCUGUGUAUUCUGUUGAGCAGGCUAUUGCUGCUGCUGACAAUCUUGGUUAUCCUGUGUUGGUGCGAGCAGCAUUUGCACUUGGUGGUCUUGGUUCAGGAUUUGCUCAAGAUAAGGAGGAGUUGAUCUCUCUUGUCAAUGGAGCAUUCGCACACACCAAGCAAGUGAACCUUGACAAGUCAUUGAAAGGCUGGAAAGAAAUUGAGUAUGAGGUUGUCAGGGAUGCUUUUGACAAUUGCAUCACGGUUUGUAACAUGGAGAAUGUAGAUCCUCUGGGCAUUCACACUGGAGAGUCUAUUGUUGUGGCUCCUAGCCAAACCCUCACAAAUUCCGAAUAUAACAUGCUACGUACUGCAGCUGUCAAAGUCAUCAGGCACCUUGGAGUUGUGGGAGAGUGUAAUAUACAGUAUGCACUCAAUCCAGACUCGAUGGAGUAUUUCAUCAUUGAGGUAAAUGCACGGCUGUCACGAAGUUCAGCUCUUGCAUCUAAAGCCACAGGAUACCCACUGGCAUAUGUUGCUGCAAAGUUGGCUCUUGGCAAACCUUUGCCAGAGCUACGAAACUCGGUCACCAACUCUACGACAGCUUGUUUUGAACCUAGUCUGGAUUACGUUGUUGUUAAGAUUCCAAGAUGGGACUUGAGUAAAUUCACCAAAGUUAACACAAAGAUUGGAAGCUCAAUGAAAAGUGUUGGAGAAGUGAUGGCUAUUGGACGGCGUUUUGAAGAGGCCUUGCAAAAAGCUCUUAGAAUGGUGGAUGAAUCAAACUUGGGUUUUGAUUCUCAUGGGCACAUUGCAUCUGAAGAAGAGUUAAAGCAGCCUUCUGAUAAUCGCAUUCAUGUGCUUGCGGCAGCCUACAAGGAGGGCUACAGCAUAGAGAGGCUGUACGAGCUGACAAAGAUUGACAAGUGGUUUUUAAGCCGCAUGAAAUGCAUCAUGGAUUACGCACUGAUGUUAAAAAGCUACAGAGAAAAGGCUGAGGUGCUUGGCCAAUCUGUGUCCUUAUCUGCACCUCUAGUUCACAAAGAGAAGGCAGCUGAAGUGUCUUAUGAGGAUCUACUAGGAGCUAAACAACUUGGAUUCUCUGAUAAGCAAAUUGCAAAAUGUAUUCGCAACACUGAAAUUGCAGUACGUAAGGUUCGUCAGCAUUAUGGUCUCACCCCAUUUGUAAAGCAGAUCGACACAGUAGCAGCAGAGUACCCCGCCUUCACAAACUACUUGUACCUGACUUACAAUGCAUGCGAGAAUGAUAUUGACUUUGAAGGUGGAGCUUGUAUGGUGAUUGGCUCUGGUGUGUAUAGGAUCGGUAGUAGUGUGGAAUUUGAUUGGUGUGCUGUUGGGUGCAUCAGGGAACUAAGAAAGUUAAAAAAGAAAACAAUUAUGGUGAACUACAACCCAGAGACUGUUAGUACAGAUUAUGAUGAGUGCGAGAGACUGUACUUUGAUGAAGUGUCAUUUGAGGUUGUCAUGGAUGUGUAUGAGAAGGAGAAUCCAGAAGGUAUCAUCCUGAGCAUGGGAGGACAGUUACCAAACAACAUAGCCAUGCAGCUUCACAGGCAACAGGUUCGCAUUCUUGGCACAUCUCCUGAGAUGAUAGACAAUGCAGAGAACAGAUAUAAAUUCUCCAGAAUGUUGGACAAUGUUGGAAUUUUACAGCCACAGUGGAAGGUUCUCACAACUCUGGAGGAUGCAAAGAAGUUUUGUGCCACUGUAGGUUACCCUUGCCUGGUGCGACCAUCCUAUGUGCUCAGCGGUGCUGCUAUGAAUGUUGCUAAUUCUGAUAAUGACCUUGCCAUGUAUCUGGGAAAUGCUAUGUCGGUAUCAAGUGAUCACCCAGUUGUCAUCUCAAAAUUUAUUCAGGAUGCUAAGGAAAUAGAUGUGGAUGCAGUAGCGUGUGAUGGUGAGGUGGUUGUCAUGGCAGUCUCUGAACAUGUGGAGAAUGCUGGUGUACAUUCUGGUGACGCCACCAUGGUCCUUCCUCCACAAGAUCUGAACGAGGAGACGCUCAAGAAAAUACGCAAGAUUUGUUUUGACAUUGGGCAGGCCUUAAUGGUUACUGGCCCUUUUAACAUGCAGCUGAUUGCUAAGGAUAAUGAACUUAAAGUGAUCGAGUGCAAUCUCCGUGUGUCCCGCACAUUCCCAUUUGUGUCCAAGACUCUUGAUCACGACUUUAUUGCUAUGGCAACACGGGUCAUCUGUGGCGUGCCCGUGGAGCCAGCUCUGGAUUGCACGGGAUUUGGACGAGUUGGUGUGAAGGUCCCACAGUUUUCAUUUUCGCGUUUGGCCGGGGCUGAUGCCAUGUUGGGUGUGGAGAUGUCCAGUACAGGAGAAGUGGCUUGUUUUGGUGAGAAUCGAUAUGAGGCCUAUCUCAAGGGAAUUCUUAGCACUGGAUUUAAGAUUCCUAAAGAGUGCAUCCUGCUGUCGAUUGGAAGCUUUAAGUCCAAGAAUGAGAUGCUGCCCAGUGUGAGGACAAUGCAUGAGUUAGGAUUCAAGUUAUACGCUAGUCCUGGGACAGCUGAUUUCUACACGGAGCAUGGAAUCACGGUUAAACCAGUGGAUUGGCCGUUUGAGGAAGGUGGUAACGGAGCCACGGAGCAGAGUAUCCUGGACUACCUUGCACAGAACAAGUUUGAUUUGGUGAUCAAUCUUCCUUUAAGGAACACAGGGUCGAGACGGGCGUCUUCAUUCAUAACACAUGGGUACCGCACGCGCAGAAUGGCUAUAGAUUAUUCCAUCCCUCUCAUUACCGACAUCAAGUGUGCUAAGUUAUUAAUUGAGGCCCUGAAGAGAAUUGGUGGAGCCCCCAAAGUCAAGACACACAUUGACUGCAUGUCAUCCGGGCGAGUGGUUCGUCUGCCUGGUAUGAUUGACGCGCAUGUGCACAUGCGUGAGCCUGGUGCCACCCACAAGGAAGAUUUCUCAUCCGGGACAGCGGCUGCUCUCGCUGGUGGCGUGACAAUGGUGUUGGUCAUGCCAAACACUAACCCUGCCAUUGUCGAUGAAUCAGCAUUCAAUCUGGUUAGAAAGUUGGCGUCAGCUGGUGCGCGCUGUGAUUAUGGCCUGUACCUGGGCGCCAGUGCUGAUAAUUAUUCAACAGUCAAAGAUUUAGCUCACCUGUCUGCUGGUCUCAAAAUGUAUCUUAAUGAGACUUUUACAACGCUUAGACUUGAUGAUAUGUCAACUUGGAUGAAGCAUCUUGAACAGUGGCCAAAACACAUCCCUCUAGUGUGCCACGCUGAAGGAAGAACCACUGCUGCCAUCUUACUGUUAGCGGAGCUGGCUGAAAGACCUGUUCACAUUGCUCAUGUGGCACGAAAAGAAGAGAUUCUUGUGAUUCGUGCUGCUAAAGAGAAAGGAAUCCAGGUCACGUGUGAAGUAUCACCGCACCAUUUGUUUUUGACGGAGGAUGACGCGGACAGGAUUGGCGGCAAGAGGUAUGGGGUCAAGCCACCGCUUGUCACGGCUGAGGACCAGAAGGCACUCUGGGACAAUCUUGACGUCAUUGACUGCUUUGCUACUGAUCAUGCACCACACACACUGGAAGAGAAAGAUUCUGAGAAACCACCGCCUGGAUUUCCUGGCCUGGAGACCAUGCUUCCUCUUUUGUUGACUGCAGUUCACCAGGGGCGAUUGACGAUUGAUGAUAUCAUCCUUCGCUUGUGCACAAAUCCACGACAAAUCUUCAGUCUUCCCGAGCAGAAGGACACGUACGUGGAAGUGGAAAUUGGUGAAGAAUGGAGUAUUCCGUCAGCCAUGACUUACUCCAAAGCUCAGUGGACACCGUUUGCUGGGAUGAAAGUCAACGGCUGCGUCAGAAGAGUUGUACUGAGGGGCGAGACAGCUGUCAUAGACGGCAAGGUGUUGGCAGCACCUGGAUCAGGACAGGAUGUACGGGUGAUGAGCUCAGUGGCUCCUCCGCCACCUAUCUACCAGCCUCAGCCCCUUGUUCCACCAGGCAGCCCGAGGAAGACAGACAGUCGCUGGGCCUUUCCACCCUCUGUCCAUCGGUUUGUUGAUACGCAUCUCGGAGCUGAACCUCUGGCCUUGCCUUUAGGAGAGGGGACUCCAGAGUCUGUACCACACUCUCUUCUUACCCCUCCCCUGGCAGUGUCACCUGGUGCGCAUCCUCAUAUUCCACUGACACUCCCCCGGGUGCCAGCCCAUGUCUUUUUGGGUCAACACAUUCUGAGCGCCAGCAAAUUCAACAGAGAACAGCUUCAUUACUUAUUCAACGUGGCUCAUUACAUGCGACUAAUCGUACAAAGAGAGAGUGGACUGGAUCUUCUUAAGGGUAGGGUAAUGGCAUCGUUAUUCUAUGAAGUCAGCACCCGAACAUCAUCUUCGUUUGGUGCGGCGAUGCAAAGACUCGGCGGGUCUGUGAUCUUCAUGAAGGAACACGAUUCCUCAGCCAAGAAAGGAGAAAGCUUAGCAGAUUCAGUGCAGGUGAUGUCAUCUUACUGUGAUGUGGUGGUGAUUCGACAUCCACAGCCUGGAGCAGUUCAGGAAGCUGCGGAACACUGCCGCAAGCCAGUUAUCAACGCAGGCGAUGGAGUUGGAGAACACCCGACCCAGGCCCUUUUGGACGUGUUUACCAUCCGUGAGGAGAUUGGUACUGUGAACGGUUUGACGGUAACAAUGGUGGGAGACUUGAAGAAUGGCCGUACUGUUCACUCAUUGGCCAAGCUUCUCUGUCUUUAUAACGUCACGCUCCGUUACGUUUCACCCGCUGCACUGCGCAUGCCUGACUCGGUGCAGGAGUAUGUUCAAAGCAAAGGGAUCCAGCAGAAAGAAUAUCUUCACCUCAUGGAUGCCCUUCCUGACACGGACGUUCUUUACGUGACGCGAAUUCAACGCGAAAGAUUUGAAAGCCAAGAAGAGUACGAAAAGGUGUUUGGAAGUUACGUCAUCACACCUCAGAUUCUAACAGAAGCUAAAGAAAAGAUGGUGGUUAUGCAUCCCUUGCCGCGUGUGAAUGAAAUCAGCGUGGAGGUUGAUUCUGAUCCUCGAGCGGCGUAUUUCCGUCAGGCAGAGUACGGAAUGUAUAUAAGAAUGGCCCUGCUUGCUCUAGUUUUGGUGAAGAACUGAUGGAUUUCCAAGCUAACAUCUUCACUCGCGUGUCGGUACUGUGUGCUUAAACAUGGACUCAACCUCAGUAAAACUGGACUCCUGCCUGUUUAAAAUUCAAACGCGUUGACCUGUGAUGGUUACAGCACUGAUGUCCUUCGUGCGCGCCGUGUAUUACUUAAAAAACACAUUAAAUAUAUAAAAUUCA